AUGCAGAGUGGAAUAUCUCCCAAAGAAGAGAAGGAAGAGAAGGAUGCAGAGAGUGGAAUGUCCCCCGAAGAUGAGGAAGAGAAGGAUGCAGAGAGUGGAAUGUCCCCCGAGGAAGAGGAGGAAGAGAAGGAUGCAGAGAUGUACCGGCGGCUCGCCCUCCUCCACCACCCGGACAAGAACCCGGGCAGCGUGCGGGAGGCGACGGCAAAGUUCCAGCGUAUCCAGGCCGCCGUGGAGACGCUCUGCGACCACAAGAAGAGGGCCGCGUACGACAGGGAGUUACGCCAGCGAGAGAACAAGAGGAAGAGGGACGAGAGCUGCAGGCAGAGGGAACACAAGAGGAAGAGGGAAGAAGGGCGUCAAGAGGAGACCCAUCACAGAGAACAGCGGAAGGACAAGUGGAGAAGGAAGCAGGAAGAACAGAGGCGGAAGAGGUAUCAGAGAAGGCGGCGACGGCAAGGAACAAGCUACCGAAGUGACGAUGACGACGAAGACUUGCAGGAUGAUGUUCCUGAGGAAGAGAGCAACGAGGAAAACGAAUGCACGGAAGAGAGUUCUGACGAGGAAGAGGAACGCGUGUACUGGGCGUAUGAACACGACUCAGAUUACGAGGUGGAGACGGAUGAAGGCUCCGGUUCCUGCAGCGACUACGAGUCCGAGGAAUCGUCCGAGCUGGAGACUCCAUCUGAGGAAGAGUCUGAAUCAGAGUCUUUCCACCAGCAAGAGUCCGACUACGAGCCCGAUUCUGAGACGACGAGUGACUCUUCCAGCGACGAAAAGAGUCAGACGUGGAGGCCGAGAGCGAAUCCUCCUCCGAAGACGAGGAAGAGGAGGAGGAUGAAGAGGGGGUAG